AUGAAACCAUUGUCCAGAAGACCUUGUAUGUUGAGGCCUUCUACUUCGUAUGCGAGUAUUCAAGCUCGAAACCUGUCUCCUCAAACCCGUUUCACGAGACACUCGUCCAAAAUGACCACUAAGCCACAACCCCUGGCCCCCCCCCCUGAAAAUCACACCGUAGAGCUUCUCCGCCGGCACCUCACACCCGUCCCACCCAUCUCACAAUCCUCUUCAACCCUCACCGACUUCUUCGCCCCCUUUGCCCACAACGACACCAAAAUAAUCCUAAUCGGCGACUCCACCCACGGCACCUCGGAAUUCUACCAAGCCCGCGCCGAACUCACAAAGUACUUUAUCCAACACUACGGCUUCAACAUUGUCGCCGUAGAAGCCGACUGGCCCGACGCCGAAGCCAUCGACAAACAUGUCCGCCCUCGCUCCCCAUCCGCUCCCUCCCUCACCCAAGACAGCGAGAAGCCCUUUCAGCGCUUUCCCACUUGGAUGUGGCGGAAUGUCGAGUUUCAGAACUUUACCAAAUGGUUGAAGGAGUGGAAUGAAGGGAAGGACAGCAAGACUGAGGCAGUGGGGUUUUACGGGUUGGAUUUGUAUUCACUGGGCAAGUCGAUGCAAGCUGUGGUAGAUUACCUUGACAAAAUUGAUCCCGAGAUGGCAAAGGUGGCACGAAAAAGGUACGAGAGAAUGAUGAUGUGGGCGGAGGAGCCGCACGAGUAUGGGCUGGAGGCGCUUGCGGCUGGGUUUAAGGGAUGUGAGAAGGAUGUGAUGCAGAUUUUGAAUAGCUUGCUGAGGAAGAGGGUUGAGUACGAGAGCAUGAUUUGGGAUGGGGAGGAGUUUCAUUCUGGGGAGCAGAAUGCGAGGUUGGUCAAAGGUAUGAGGAACGUCAAGACGACUGUCACGCUGAAGCUAACCGGAGUAUUAGAUGCGGAACAAUAUUACAAAGCGAUGUUCUACGGCCGCGACGAGUCAUGGAAUCUGAGAGAUAAACACAUGUUUGAAACCUUGAACCGAAUCAUCAAGCACCGAUCGAGGAGCACGCCGUCCAAGGCCAUUGUCUGGGCGCAUAACAGCCACAUUGGCGAUGCGCGUGCCACCAGUAUGGGCUGGUCGAACGAUGAACUCAAUAUCGGGCAACUCUGCAAAGAGGCCUACGGAGAUCAGGCCCUUACCAUAGGUUGUUUGACCAACACCGGAACAGUCGCUGCUGCUCGCAAGUGGGAUGGAGAUAUGCAAGUCAUGAAGGUACGACCUGGUCUGCCAAACAGCUACGAACAGUUAAUGCACGCCACAGCUGUCAAGAACUUUGUUCUGGACCUGCGAGUUGGUCAUUGCAACGAGGAGCUGAUAAAGGCGCUCAUGGAAAAACGGUUGGAGAGGUUUGUUGGAGUCAUUUACGCUCCUGGCACCGAGAGGCAGUCGCAUUACUCCCAUGCUGUUUUGCCUGAACAGUUGGAUGGUUUUAUCUGGUUCGAUGAGACCAAGCAUGUCGGGGCACUCGAGGUGCACCAGCCCCAUACGACAGUCGAAUUUGAUGAGACCUGGCCAUUCGGUUUGUAA